AGAGUAGAAUACAUUUUUAUUAUACACUUUUUAAAAAAAAUUCCUUUCCAGUGGCUAGGUGGGAACCGAGGCAGAGGCCUAGGGCAUGGGAGAUAACGUGAACUGGCGAAUAGGAAUUUCUGCCCAAAUUGGAGAUAUGGAUGAAGAUCGAUUAAUUGAAGAAGUCUUGGAUAAGUUUGUUAAUUGUCAUCAGCAAACAUAUGAAGAAUUUCUGAGCACUUUUACUCAUCUUUCAAAAGAUCUGCUGCUGCUUCCAGGAGAAGUGGAGCCGACUGUAAACACCAGUGCUCUUCCUUGCACACCUGCCAAGGCCUGGCCUCUCACCCAUGAAGUGAAGCCAAAGCCCACCGUGAAAAGGAGCAAAGGGCAGGAGGAAGAGAUACUUGGAGAUGAAGUUCAACCCUUCUCACUUGAUGAAGAAUUUGAUUAUGACAAUGUGACACUCACCCCCAAGUUCAGUCUUGUGGAGUUAGAGGCCAUCAAAGAGCUAUCCAAGCAAAAGAGGAAGAAUGCUAACAUGGAUUUAGAGGACCCCUGUGAGUGAUUCACUGAGGCGUUUUUGUGCUUUUUAUUUGUUCUUAUUCAAGCAACACUGAAAUAAAGAUAAACCUAUUAAAAAAAAAUUGCUUUCCAUAGAAAACAUUUUCAUAUUAGAGAUUCCUGGUGGGAAAAUUUAUUACUCAUAGUUUUAAAUCUGUGAACAGAUUAUUUUAGAACAAGUAAAACAUAUUUGAAUAUUAAAUCUCAGUUUAUUUAUUUUAUUAUUACUUAUUUAUUCAAGUCAGGGUCUCACUCUGUCUCCCAGGCUGGAGUACAGCG